UGGAAAAGUUGGUGUUUUGAGGCAAAGAAAGAUGCGAUUGAGUUGACCUCAUGCUGGUGUUCAAGCAGCACCGCUUGUUCUCUUCUUGUGUGGUGAGUUUUUGCUCGCUCAUUCCUCUCCGGUGUGACUGAGAUGCCGGCCUCUACUUAUGUAGACACUUGUCAGACGUAAUAAUGUCUUACUGCUCAUGUCUCUUUCUCCAUCUGCUUGCUUUUCAGUGAUGUCACCAUGUUCACUGGUUUCAACCAUCAACAAGUAAAAUGUUUACAGGACAAAGGUAACAAAAGUACAAAAAUGAGAUCAGAGAUAAGUUGUACUAAAGCACGACAAGCCUUGAAAAUUGGUUUCUCAAGCUCAGAAUAUGUAUUUUACAGACAAUAUGUGGUUUGGUGGCAGAAGAGGACCAUGAUUCACUUGCUGUGAGAAGCAACAGCAGCAGCUUUCUGUGCACAGCUGCACAAAGAAGAUGAGCACAAACGUCAGUCUGGAGCUGAUGAUCCAAUUCUGUGUAACACAACACUUAAAACUGUAUUUCAUGACCGGAGCCACGUAUGUACCUAUUUGAAGAUGCUGCAGGAUCCCUGAAAGGUGUCAUGUGACUGUUUGUCUGGUGCCCUGCCCCUACCAGGUGUGCCUCGCUCUUCUGACAUUGUGUGAACAUUAAAAUCAGCAGGCGCUGAAGGCAUCAGCCACGAGUAUUUAAGUGUGGAGAAGAUGCGACUGAUAUUCAGACCGGGGAAAGACGAGGAACCGCAAUCGCACCUCUGUGUCCAUUCCAGCUGUAGAGCGCUGAGAGAAUCACCCCUGAGCCAUGCGUCCUCUCGUGGUUUCUGCCAUCUUACUUCUGGUGGCUCUGAUGCACAUGGCGGAGGCUAACGUUGCUACAAUUUCUAGAAUCUGUAACAGCAAGUAUCCAGACGUAAAAUGCAAUGUGAAAGACUGGUACAGGCUGGAUAACAAGCGAUGCAUGAAGAUCUACGUAGAACGCCUGACCUUUUCUGAUGCAGAGAAACGUUGUAAGGCAGACGGUGGGCAACUGGUGUCAAUACACAACCUUGACAACUAUGACAAAGUGCUGUGUAACAUGUUCAGGUUUGCUAUUAGGAAACAGGUUUUCUGGAUUGGAGCCAGGAGAGGUGGGCAUGGCUUUUAUUGGGUUGAUGGAAGUGGACGCAUGGGGUUCAGCAGAUGGGCGUCACGCCAACCAGACAACUGGUUUUUCAGGGAGCACUGUGUCGAGAUGAAUUACGGGAGUUGGGGACGUUGGAACGAUGAAAACUGCAAUUCCAAGAGGCCCUUUAUGUGUGCCAAAAACAUGUGAUCAUCAUCAGUAAUGUUUGAUUGACAAGGUGAUCUUUUAAAAUGUGCUGCAGCUGGGU